AUGCUUCCCAGUGAGGAGCCAGAAACUGCUCCCCACAAGCCCCAGCACCAACUGGACAGCAACUUUGGCUGCCAGGAACACUGUGCCCUUUCUUGUCCCCAUUCCUCACCCCUGGAUCUGACCCUCGAGGGGUCAAGACCUGCCUUGACAGAGUUCAGAGACAGGCCACCUGCCCUCAAGCCCGGGUUGUCCGGUGACAUCCCGCUCCUGGCCUCUGGCUCUCUCUUAGGGAUCUGGGAGUCCUUGAAACCAUCUACAGUCUGGCUGGUGCUGGGGCCACCCACUGGUGGUGACUCAGGGCAGGGCUUCUCACGCCACCUGCCCGACUGCCUGGCUGUAGGACCCCAUAUUGUGGCAAAGGCUUCGGGACUGGGAAAUCCCCUCCUCACCCCUUUCGUGCCAGGUGGCACCUUUCCCCGGAGGUGUGAGAAAGUCCUGACUGUUGGCUGCCUGCCGGUGCUUUGGGUAUCCGUCCCCUCUGCCACACAGUUGACUGCAGGGCUGAGGCUCUGCAGCUCAGGGCCCAGCCUCCGGGGCCUACAGUCUUUUUCCACUGUGGUGUGUUGCGAUGUCACGGGUGGCGAUGACAUCACUGUGGCUUGGGACAUGGUCCACUGUCUGUUUCAGUCUGAGCAGUGGGUGAGGCUGAAGCCACCACAGGUUCAGGGAAUCGAGUGGGCCCACGGCCCCGGCUUCUCUCUGCAACUCACAGAGUCCCAGGCUCCUGGCGACCCUGUCACCUACCGCUGCUACUCGGAUCUCCUGCUCCUCUGGACGCAUCAGCCCCCAUUCCUGCUCCUUCCUCUGCCCCACGGGUCCCUCGAGACCUCGCCUUUCUUCGGUCGCUAUCCUCAUCUUUCUUGUUCCCUUCCUGAUUCUGCCCCCAUCUUGUCCUUCUCCCCGGCCCACACAGGGAGCCUUGUGAACAUAGCCCUGAAGGGGUGCCUGGGAGUCUGCUCUAGCGCCAAGCUGGGGACAGAGAAGUACUGGGACUGUGUGCAUGUGCAUGUCCAUGUGCAUACACCUGCCUCUUUCCCAGCCUUACCAGAGCUGGCCUUCCUGGGGUUUGGCCCUCGGUCUAGGGCAGUAGUGAGCUUCCAGCUGUUGACACUGAGCUGUGGGCAGCCAGGGCCGGACCACCGCCUGCCAGGCCAAGGCAGAAGACAGCUGGGUUUCCUGGCGGCUUGUCACUGGCUGCAGGGGCCAGCCAAGGGCCCAGCCACCCCUGGCUCCAGGCAGUGCUGUGCAUUCAUGUACUGCGCCCCCCAGGUCUGCGAUGGGUCCCGUGUCAGAGGCCAAGGGUCUAUCAGUGACAAAGCCACCAUCUCUGCCUUCUGCAUCACAGACUUGUGUGUGGCAUUCAAACCCUACGCCCCGGAGCCUGGGAGCACGUGCCAGCCAAGGGACUACUAUGACCAGAAGGUCCAGAUGUGCUGCAGCAAGUGUCCACCUGGCCACCAUGUGAAAGUCUUCUGCACCAAGACCUCCAACACCGAGUGUGGCCUGUGUGAAAAGAGCACGUACACACAGCUCUGGAAUUGGGUCCCCAAAUGCCUGAGCUGUGGCGCCCCCUGCAGCCCUGACCAGAUGGAAGCUCAAGCCUGCACCCAGGAACAGGACCGCAUCUGCACCUGCAAGCCCGGCCAUUUCUGCCUGCUGAGCAAGCAGGAGGGCUGCCGGCUGUGCUCCCCGCUGCGCAAGUGCCGCCCCGGCUUCGGAGUAGCCAGACCAGGAACGGCAACGUCGGACGUGGUGUGCACCUCCUGCCCUCCGGGGACGUUCUCCAACACGACUUCAUCCACAGAUACUUGCAGGCCCCACCAGAUCUGUAAUGUGGUGGCCAUCCCUGGCAAUGCGAGCAUGGAUGCUGUCUGCACAUCUGUGUCCUCCACCCAGGGAGUGGCCUCGGGGCCAGCCCACCUACCCCAGCCAGUGUCCACGCAAUCCCAACACACAGAGCCAACUCCAGGGUCCAGUGCAGCUCCACCCACCUCCCUCCCACUCCCAAUGGGUCCCAGCCCCCCUGCUGAAGGGAUCACAACAGACGUCUCCCUUCCAGUUGAACUGAUUGUGGGUGUGACAGCCUUGGGUCUGCUGGUGAUAGGACUGGUGAACUGUGUCAUCAUGACCUGGAAGAAAAAGAAGACUCCCUGCCUGCAGAGAGAAGCCAAAGUGCCUCACCUGCCCGCCAACAAGGCCCUUGGUGCGCCGGGCUCUGAGCAGCAGCACCUGCUGACCACAGCACCCAGCUCCAGCAGCAGCUCCCUGGAGAGCUCGGCCAGUGCUUCAGAUGGGAGGGCACCCACCAGCAGCCAGCCGCAGGCACUGGGCGCAGAGAAGGCUGGUGGCUCCGGGGAUGCCAGGGCCAGCUCCGGCAGCUCAGAAUCUUCCCCUGGCGGCCACGGGACCCAGGUCAAUGUCACCUGUAUCGUGAAUGUCUGCAGCAGCUCUGACCAUGGCUCACGGUGCUCCUCCCAAGCCAGCUCCAUGAUGGGGGACCCGGACGCCAGCCCCUCGGGCUCCCCGAAGAAUGAUCAGGUCCCCUUCUCCAAGGAGGAGUGUGCCUUCCAGUCCCAGCUAGAGAUCCCAGAGACUCUGCUGCAGGGCCCCGAGGAGAAACCCUUGCCCCUUGGCGUGCCUGAUGCUGGCAUGAAGACCAGUUAG